CUUGGCGUCUACGCUCCUUAUAUGGUCUUCCUCCGACAAACCCCCUUUACUCAAUGUUUGUGCGUAGGCCCCGCCCCCACCAUUCAUCAGAGUCUGGCCGUAGUAAGGCAUGCGCAGUACAGACGAGUAAAACGGACGGAUUUCAAAGUUUCUGACGAGCCCGUCAAGAUGUUCGGCUUCCAUAAAUCCAAGAUUUACCGCAGCAACGAAGGCUGUUGUAUUUGCAAAACCAAGUCGUCCAGUUCUCGGUUCACGGACAGCAGCAGAUAUGAGGAGAACUUCAGACUCUGCUUCGGUCUAUCAGAGGAUCGGGUUGGAGACAUCUGCAAUGCUUGUGUGCUGCUGGUAAAACGCUGGAAGAAAUUACCACAUGGAUCAAAGAAAAACUGGAACCAUGUGGUGGAUGCAAGGGCAGGACCUGGCUUCAAGCUGACCAAACCCAAGAAAGUCAAAAAUAGUGAUGGAAAGAAGAAAAGUAAACUGAAAAAGAUUCAUAAAUUCAAAAGACAAAAUUCAGAUGCCCACAGCACCACAUCCAGUAUGUCUCCCUCUCAGUCUCCCAGCCACAGUAAUCAGUCUGACGACGGGUCAGACAUCGAGACCAAGCAGAGGCGUCCAAACCCACUGGGCUUCUCCUUUCUCGACCUGUCCUACUGGAAGAGGAAAAAGGUAUGCUGUGGGAUCGUCUACAAAGGGCGUUUCGGUGAGGUGAUCAUCGAUCCUCGUCUCUUCAAGCCCUGCUGUAAUAAGAAGCGUCCAGCUCUGGCAUCCUCCUCGGACUCUCAGAUCUCACAAACACAUCCUUCCCCUCUUCCAGAGGACCUGAAGGAGGCAUGGUGAUCCAAAUAAAACCCUCUCCAAUCUG